AUGGCGGCCGCGGUCGGGCCGGGCGUUGGCGGUGCCUUGAGGCGGGCCCUGGGGCCGGGGCCGGGGCCGGGGCCGCUCCUGCUCCUCGGGGCCGCGCUGGGGGCUGCUCGGGCCGCGGUGUACUUCCAGGAGCAGUUUCUGGAUGGAGCCGGCUGGCAGAAGAGGUGGGUGCACUCCGAGUACAAGGCAGAAAGGCUUGGGACGUUUAAACUCACGGCUGGGAAGUUCUAUGGAGAUCCAGUGCGAGAUAAAGGCCUUCAAACUAGUGAGAACUCCAAAUUUUAUGCAAUCUCCUCACGAUUUAAACCGUUUAGUAAUAAAGGGAAGACUCUGGUCAUUCAAUACACUGUGAAACAUGAGCAGAAAAUAGAUUGUGGUGGGGGAUACAUUAAGAUUUUUUCCUCAGACUUGGAUCAGAAGAACCUGAGUGGAGAUUCCCAUUACUAUAUAAUGUUUGGGCCAGAUAUCUGUGGAUCUGAAACAAAGAAAGUCCAUGUUAUUUUAAAUUACAAGAAUAAACCCCACCCAUUGAAGAAACCAAUCAGAUGUAAGGUUGAUGGUUAUACACAUCUGUAUACUUUGAUUAUAAGGCCAGAUCAGACUUACGAAGUAAAAAUUGAUAAUGCAGUGGUUGCAUCAGGCAACUUAGAAGACGAUUUAGAUUUUUUGCCACCAAGGAAAAUUAAUGAUCCAGCAGUGAAGAAACCCCGUGACUGGGAUGAUCGAAUCCAAAUUGAUGAUCCAAAUGACAUCAAACCUGAGGAUUGGGAUGAACCUGAAUAUAUUAUGGACACUAGUGCUGAGAAACCUGAAGACUGGGAUGAUUCUGUGAAUGGAAAAUGGAGUUAUCCUAUGGUCAAGAAUCCUCUAUACAGAGGGGAGUGGCAACCAAGGCAGAUUGAUAACCCAAAUUACAGAGGGGUUUGGCCUCACCCAAAGAUUGACAAUCCAAAUUACUCGCCAGACUACAAUAUCUACAGUUAUGAAAACAUCAGCAUUAUUGGACUAGAUAUCUGGCAGGUGAGAGCUGGCACAAUUUUUGACAACUUCUUGAUAACAGAUGAUGAGGAUUACGCAGAAGACUUUGGAGAUGAAACAUGGGGAGAAACAAAGGAUCCUGAAAAGGAAAUGAACAUCAGGCAGACUGAGGAGGAGCAGGAGAGAGAAAGGGUCACAGAAGAAAAAUACUUUGAGCAACGGUUUAAGAAAAAAAUAAAGGAAAAAAGAAAAUCUCAAAGAGAUCGAGUGAUGAGGAGCUCUAUCAAGAAAGAAGAACUUUAAUUUUUAGUUUUUUUUUUUUCCAAAUUAUCUCUCUCUAUAAAAAUUUUUUGCUAACAGCUUGUUGAAAUUUGCAUUGUUAAAGCUGUAUUAAGACUGGACUUCAAAAAAAAUUUGUGAACUUUUAGUUACUUUCUAAUAAAAGUACUAUAAUGUAGUUACUAAAAAUUAACCUUUUAUAGCAAUUGUAUUAAAUACAUCUUAAGUGCUACAUUGAAAGCACCAUUUUUGGAACUGUUUUACAUUUUUUUCAUAACUUUAAUAUUAAAAUUCAUGCUCGUUUUGAGGAGAUCAAAAUGAGCUUUUUGUUACUUCAUUAAAAGAUUUGGCAUGUCAGAUGUGUGAAGUGUGUUUCACUACAUACUUGAAACUAAGGAGAUAAGCUUUGCUAAGCUUUUGUAGUAACUGUGCACCUGUUCCUGUUCCAAGGAUUACUACAGUUGUACUGCUGCUGGGAGCCUGCUACGGCUGCUUUUGGCUUUUCUGUGGUACUUACGUGCUGAUGGAACUCCCUCUGUCUUUGGCUUCAGUGUAUGUCAUUAGGUGACAGGAGUCUGUCCAUCUGCAAAUCUGCCCUUAGAAACAAAUAAUCACUUUUCCCUUCAAAACCCUGUGUACAGUACCUAGAAGCUGUCCUAAAACUACAUUCAAACUUUUCCGAUAGAAACACUGGUUUUGAAGGGGUGCAGAGAUGAGGAAGUAUUUCCAAACCAGCAACCACUGCAUAUUUUUGUUUGACCUUUUGUAACUUGCUCUUUUAACUUUGUUCAGUCACUUCUAUCAUGUGUCCUUUCUUCCUUCUUUUCUCUUGUUGCUUUGCUCUUUUGCAUUUCUAGGUGUGGGUUUUUUCUUUCCUUUUCUUUCACUUUUCUUUAAAGCAAUGCUAUAAAUUUAGCUAAAACUGAAGCCAGACAUUGAGCCCAUCAUUUUUUGUUUACUUCUUAGCUAUGAUAUACCACCUCCCCUGCAGCUGCCUGAACAGUUUAGUGUAGUAAGGAAAUGGGGAGUGGAAGGAGCAGUGGAAGCUCAGUUUCUGGCCUGUGGUGCAAUUGAGGUCAAAUUCCUUCACUUAUCUGAAUCCUGCACCCUGUUAAGACAACUUGUAAUGACCCUGUGGAGUAAAGAAUUUUUACAGGCACUGAAAAACACUCCACUGAUAGUUUUUAGUUCUUUUCCUGUGCCAGUUCCUCUUGCUUUAGCUUUUAUAGGACUGCACUAACCUUGCCUUGUUCAGGCUCUUCUUUGAUAUCUAUGCUGUCCAGGCAGAGAGUUGUUAACCCUGUUAUAUUUGAUGCUGAAUGUUGGAUCGGAGACCCGAGGCAGCUUAACCGGGUGAAGUCUGUUUCCACAAGGUUUUGUGUAACAAAGUGAAAACAUAACUUGGCCGCAGCUCAUCCAGCUAAAAGGUCAAUCCGUGAGUUACCUGGAACAACAUUCCCUAAGGCAGCUCCUGCCUUCCCUAGCCCUACUUUGUCCCCAACGUAGGUAGGUCACCGCCAGCUUCGCUUGAGGCAGCUGGAGGAGAGCCACGGCGGGGAGCAAACCGACUGCGGGCCUGCACAGCC